AGGCCCUUGCGGAUAUAAAAAAAAUAUGACUGCCUAAAAACAGCCAUAGUAAUAGCGUCUAAAUAGGUAUCUUGAAUAUGUCUUUUGUACUCCGUACUCCGUGCAUUACCCACCAUCGAGUCCCGGAGUAAUGCGGCUUCCGCUGGCUGCGGAGUUAGGCGGUGGUGACGCUUUAUAGCCGUGGCUGCGCCUGCGAGAUUUGAAGCUCGUAACGCAGGUCAAAAAAAGUUACGCGCGUGAGAAAUAAUUGGAAGCGGCAACACGAAAUAAUGAAUAGUUAAUGCAAUAAUAAUAUCAUAAUACAGCCAGAGCGCAGUUAAUAAUCACCGCCGAGUCGGAUCCGCGGGCGAUGUCCUUGCCGAGCCCCGUUUGUUCGUUUGUUCGUUCGUCCCAGCCGUGCGCGGAUGACGUCGUCUCGGGUGUGUUUUUGCCCUGGCGAAUUCACUCGGAUGCCACAAGAGUUAUUAUAUCUUUGCGCCUCGAUGCCGAAUCCCCUCGUUAACGGUCUUGUCUUUUUGUUAAUAUUCUUGUCUGGUUAAUACUAUUCGUUCGUUCGUUUUAAACCCUUGUGCGCAAUAUUUGAUAUCACAUCCCUAGAACAACGCCCUAUUCCCAGGAUCUGCUGCCCGCCUCUAUCACCCUGGGCUAUUUAUUGUCAUUGAACUCCGAUACGCAGAGAGCAAAUUGCAUCCGAAGAAACAUAUUCAAACCUCGCCGCUUGCCCUCAUUGUUACCCCCACCCGGUCAUAUCUCCAUCGGUCAAAACUGGGUGUCCACCUCCACUAUAGCUUCACUGCCGUUGUUAAACCGCCAUUGGGAAAGGGUAUUCACAAAAUGUGGAUUAUAUCGUUUUGGAUAUUUCCUGUAAUCGGGUCAUGCAUGUGGCUAGCUAUGCUCCUCACGAUGCUGAUACAAUGGGCAGCGGUUGAAGGACGUCCACAUUACGAGAGCAUGGAACUAUCUCAAACGAUCGCAUUCAUAUCAGACGUUGGCGCGCACGGAUUAAAACCCCUCUUUAUCACCGGUUGCUCCAUCACUUCCGUGGUUUUCAGCGCUUCAUUCGUAUCAGAAAGAUGGCUUAGACAUCGCGGUCAGCUUGCCAGAAAUAGAGGACGAGCAGACAAGACGUUUGCCAUUAUCUCAAUAGUAUUUUCGAUGUGCGGAGGAUUAGGACUGAUUCUCUUGUCAAUUUUUGACACCGUGAGAUUCCCACUCCAGCACAAUGGAUGUCUGGUUCUUUUCAUGGGCGGGUACAUUCUCAGCGCAAUCUUCGUAUGCGCCGAAUACCAAAGACUCGGCAUACACUAUCGGGAACACACAAUCCUAGCCGCAAGCUUUUGGAUAAAACUCGUCUUUAUCCUUGUUGAGCUUGCUCUUGCCGUUGCUUUUGGAGUCACAGGUCAACAGGGCAUGAAAAACCAAGCUGCGGUCCUAGAGUGGAUAAUCGCAUACAUAUUCACCUUCUACGUCUUAUCUUUCGUCGUCGACCUCCUCCCCGCAAUCAGAACCCGCAACCACAUCCCACAGGGGAAACGGAUAACAGAAAUGACCAUGGCACAAAACGGAGCGCAACAAAGUCCAUCGACGAUGACGACUGCUACUCCUCGACCUCCGCAAACAAGCGCUUAUUACGAGCAACCCCUUACCACAGACUCCAUGGGAGAUCGAGGCAAUGUCUACCGCGGGUAUAUAGUAGAUCAACAACCGACACAGGUCCAAUUUACGCAAAGUUCGGCCGGCGGCUACAUGCCAUAUGGCCAGUCGCAUGCUCAGGAAGGGGAUUUGCGGGUCUAGAUUGUGGUCCGCUGUUUACUGGUAAUGAACCAAAUCUUAAGAGUAUUGGGGCUGUAUAGUAGCAAAAAGGGGGCGGAGUUUUUUCUUUUUUUUCCCAGGAGCAUCUUGCCAUUUAGCGAGCAUUGGGGCCUUUUCUUCCUUAUUUUCUUUCUUUCUUUUCUUUCCUCUUUUUACUAUUAUUUUAAUAGAGGGGCAUCUCAUAGAAGCCAAGAGGCUGGUUUUCCUGUAACGAUUAUUUAUAGCAUGGGACGGCGUUCAAGACGGGGGAUACGAUUUUUCCCCCCCCUUAUUUUUGUCCUUAAUGUUACCCUACCUGUACAAUACCAGCAAUUCCGUGAAUCACUCUUUCUGUCUAUUUCUUAAUUUUUGAUUUACAUAGUUAAACUGCUGUAAAAUGCCCUGUCCUAUGGGAAGAUAUUAUUCUCGCUAAUAACUUGUAUAAUGUCCUCUUUUCGCAGAAUUGCGGACUCAAUUCACUUUCAACACUAUUAAAAGGCAAGAAGCUUCUUGUCUCGGACGCCUCUUCUGCAAAUACUUCUUGUUGAGAUGAUUUUGAGAGGGUGGAAGGAGCGAAAGGAGAAAAGUCAUACGGAGUAGGAGCCUAGUAAGGGACGACACAUAAGCAACCAAUAUCUAUACCCUAUAUCCGUCAUAUACCAUCACGCCACAAGCAACCCCCUAACCGUCUCAACAUCCCCAUCCUCCACCCCAAUAGCUUUCAAAUACCCUCGGACCCCACCAUACCCUUCCUCCAAGAACCGCACGACCUCCUCCGUAAAUCCAGUGGGACACUUCGCGUAUUCCGCCGGCAGGCCCAUGGCCUGCAUCUCCGCCAACCGCUCCUCCAGUUCCGGAAUCAGCUCGUCCUCCGACACUCGGUAGUCGCACGUUAUUGCAGAGAGGGGUAUUUUGCAGGUCGCUAACGGCCCGAUUGGAGCUCCGCGUACUACAUCUGUGUCCCCAUCCCUCAAUACCCCUCCUGCAUUAAUAUUACCACCCGGCUCCUCCUCCUGCUCCUCUUUCGUCUCACUCGGCACACCCUCAUCACUGCCAGGAGACCCGGCCAAUAACAAGAGUAGAAUGAUAACUAGUCCAGUCCGGUCCUUGCCCUGCGUGCAAUGAAUGAGUGUUGGAUAGACAGCAGGAUCACCCAGGUGUCCGAAUAACUCUUUGAUCUCUUCCUGACUGGCUGUUAGGGUGUCGUGGGCCAGGCCGUUGAGGCCACGGGGCACCAUCGCCUGUUCGACGACAAGCUUGGUGGCCGCGUUGCGGUAGCCGGAUGCGAGGAGGGUGAUGGCUUUUCUGGGCGUGUAUGGUUUUGUGAGAUCGUGUUUUUGGAGUGAGGUGGAUAACUUACUCACUCCUCUUUGAUCAUGCGAAGCACAAAUAAUCGGAGUUACAAAAAAUAAAAAAUAAAAAAAAUAAGAAUAAAAUACUCACAGUAUAUUAAACCAGCUUAAUCUCCACAGCAAUAACUUUUCAAAGUUCCAUCCCGCUAGACUGAUCAUAAUCCGGCGCACACCGGGUAGCUGUACG